CUACUUUGUAGCCUUAGUUGCUGAAUAUCUUUUUCGGUCCUAAUUGUCCCACUUUCAGUUGUUGUCAUAAUGAGCUUCGUCUUCAUCUGUUAUCCUCUCGGGGACUGUCCUGUAAUCCAGACAGCCUGGUGAGCAACCUGGAGACGCAACAGUUGACGCGAGCAGUUGACUCUGCUAUGCAACCCGCCAUGGAUGCCUCGUGGUCCCCCAGUUGCCCCGGCCGGUGGGCAGGAGCGCGCCAAGCUGUUGGUGUCUUCAUUUCUUUCUCCCCUACCUUUCUGAAGAAGCAGUCGGGAGUUACGUCAGACCCCGGCCGAAAGUGCAGGGCAAGCAAAUAAGCGGCGAAGGAGCUAUUCGCAGUCAGAGCUGCCAAACGCGGCGAGAGCUCAGCGCACUCAGAUUCCUGCUAUCAGUGCUUUGCGUUUGUGCUGCACCAUGCGGUAAGUUCUUUGCCUUCUGCAAAUCCAACGCAUUUUGGAGAUCAGGGCAGUUCUUUUAAUUUACACUGAUGACAGGUCUUCGGAACAGGGUAAACGCCACAGGAACUCUUCUUGAGCGCAAAUAAACUUUGUGGUCAACUUGGCCUGCAAUGACACCAUGGAGCAUUUUCAAAUAGAUGGAAGGAAACGUUGCUUGACCUUUUUCGACUAGAUUUAAAUCCACAGCUGAAGUCAACAUGCCCCAUGCUCGAAAUAGGAACCCCAGUCCUAUCCCGGAGGUAACAUGGGACACGGGGUUGAAAGAAAUGAACGAGACUUGGAAGGGAGCAAUUGCCUGCCUUGGAGUUGCAAUAUUUUUUGUCAUGACGAUUGGGAUCAUUUAUUGGCAAGUGGUGGAUCAGCCCAACAAGAAUUGGGUCCUUAAGGGCAGUUUCAGCGGACUGAUAUGGGAGCGACGGAGUCAGACUUUGGUGAUCCAGACGCUGACUGAGGACAAGACAUUUGUGGAGAUUGAUGUGGGCGACGUGGGGAACCCUGACACGGAGGUGCCAUUCGUUAGGAACUUGUGUUGGCUCAACAAAACCGAGUUCUGUUACACUUGGGACUCGGUGGCAGACGUGAAGAUAUCACUGGAUAUACCCGAUACGCUGCACCCGACGGAGUGCUACAGCAUGACAUGGACCCCGGUGCACUGUCAUGUCCAUUUGAAGGACUGUUUCUCCAUGGGCAACGUGUCGUGGUACGGGGGCGCCAGUGUGAGCAUGCCCAGUUGGCCCAUUAACGGAGUGAACGUGUCCAUGCAGCCGUUCGUCAUGAGCGACCUGAGGGAGGAGCCACACGGAUACGGAUCUGUACUUGAGAGAUACUUCCUGGGCUCAUCAGGUGUGGCGGUGUUGGCUGCUCCACAAGGGCCCCUGCUGGUGGGUGUGGAGAGUGGCGAGCGCUUCUGCCUCCAGAGUGGCUCCAGUCUGGAGCGGCCACCUCUGCAGUACACCGUGUGCGUCGGGGACAACCUCCGAGACCUCCACCAGGAAGUGGCCCCGCAGACCAGCCUGCCCAGCCGAGAGCUGCCCAACCUGGACACCCUACGGCAGAGCUUCUGGAAGUUUCAGCCAAGUGAGGACGCAGGUCUCUCUAUCGAGCGCGAGCUGCGGACCUUCUCCAACCGCCUGCGGAGGCAUCACCUAGGCAACAACGUCAUCGUCCUCAGCGAACAUUCCACAUCCCUCCUCAUCAACAUGGACCAUGACGGCGCUGCCAGCAGGCGGGGACUGUCGAAGCGGCAGAGCAGGGACCUGACCUUCGUAAGGCUUCUCAACAUUUCCGUGACACUCUCGCCACUGCUGAGCGUGGACACGCGGCAAUUCCAGACCUCCAUGCACGAUGGCACUGAGAACUACUGGCUCAGCAGGACCGCACAGGGACGACCGGUGCCCUUGCUGACGCAGUGGAAGGGCCGCUACUGUGUGAAGCUGAACCUGAGUAACGCGGAGGCGGCGGAUUGGUUCCUGGAGCGCGUGAGCAUGCUGCAGUCACACCUGGCCAUGGAGCACAUCAUCCUGGAGGGGGGCGAGGGGGCGGGACUGGAGGAACACUUCUCCCCCGCCGCACAGACGCUCACUGGGGACGACUACGCACAGCAGCUGGUGGAGCUCGCCGGGAGGAUCGGAGACAGCACCAUCGUGACCUCAGGGACAAGGUCUAGCCACAGGCCUCACUUCAUCCAGAUGGGCGCUCUGCAGUCGGACUGGAGCUCCGGGGGCAUCAAGGGUGUGAUCCCGGCUCUGCUGCACUACAGCCUGCUCGGAUACAACUUCCUCAUUCCCGCCGCAGUAGGGGGCUCUACGUGGGAGGAGUUAGUGGGUGAUGUGGAGCUGUACGUACGGUGGCUGGAGAUCGCCGCCUUCCUGCCAGUCAUGUGCUUCCAGACGCCACCAUGGGACUUCGGGGAAGAGUGGGCCCUGAACCUGACACGGUUCUACGUGUCGAGGCAUCAGGACCUGGUGGUUCCGCUGCUGCUGCGUUUUGCAGAGGAGUGGCGAGAGGGGGGAGACCCCAUCUACCGACCGCUCUGGUGGGCCAGCCCCGACGACUCCAUGACCUUCACCAUCGACGAUCAGUUCCUCAUAGGAGACGAGGUUCUUGUUGCCCCGGUGACAGAGAAGGGGGCACGGCAGAGGGACGUGUACCUGCCAGGCGAGGGGUGGCAGUGGCAGGAUGCGGGAUCAUUUCAGGUGUACGAGGGAGGGACGAUGCUGUACGACUACCGAGUAGCACUGGACGAGGUGGCCAUCUUCAUACGCAGGAGAUCCUGAGGCACGGCACUCCCAUAGACGCACCGACUGCUCCCAUCACUGCCGUAGUUCCUUGGUUCCUUAGUUCCUAAGGCACUCCACUCUUAUCGUUGCCUUAGGUCCUUAGUUCCUGCGGCCCACACACCAUUACUCCUAUCGCCUCCUUGGUUUCUGGGGGUGUUCUCGAAUCGUUGCCUUGGAUCCUUACUUCCUGAAGUGGAUGCACCAUACUCACAUCACUUCUGUAGUUCCUAAUUUUCUGAGGCACCCUACUCCCAUCACUGCCUCAGUCCCUGAGGCCAACUCACCGUACUCAGAUCGCUACCUUUUUUAAAACACAAAUCAUCGUGCUGAUCUUAAGUUGCACUUUCCUCAAAGACCAGUACCCUCAUCUCAAGACGAGAUCUCAAGACUUUAUUUGAAAAUCAUUUUUAUAUUUGCACUUUACAAAAGAAGAGAUUUUUUUUCUCUUUUCCUCUCAUGGUUGUCGUGUCUCUGAUCACCGCUUAGUGUUCUUCUUUGUCCAUACGCCUCUCCUCUUCUUAUGUUGUCCCCUCUGUGUCAAGAGUUCUGUGUGUUUACAUUUGAUUAAUUUUUACAGGCUUUUAAAAAGUUCUUUUUUUUCCUGAUCACAUAUGAUGGAGUCCAGAAUAGCCCUUUAUUAUGUGCUUAAGAACACUAUGAAUCUCUGAAGACCAAACGCCAAACACUUCAAAGACUACAUGCUACAUCGUCUCUGCUGAGAGCGAGCCUUCGGGAGCCGGUCAGGGGGUCGGGAGCGAGCCCUGACGUCACGAUAAGAAUCCUGGCCAACGCUCGGAUUCGUCCUCCUGACUGGCUGAAGGCUUCUUACUUGAACUCUGACGGCCGUUGUGCCAAUGUUAAAAGUGUACCUCACUCUAAGGGCUGCAUCGCCUUCUUUGUGAAAUCUGUUAUUAUUAUUUUUUCUGUCAACAAUCACCACUGUCCAUAAGAACCGCUGCCUGAAAAGCACUUAUUGUACAAAUGAUAAUGAAUGAUGAUGUAAUGCCAUGUGCCUCUAUAAGGAAUAGGCGUGGAGAGCUGGAAUAGCAUGGUACUGUAGUCCGCUUGCUCAAUAGAAAUCUGCCAGAGGUACAGUACACUACUCUCAAGGCUGCCUGAGCUGAGUCAGUUUGCUUUCAUAGCUUAUUUUAUCGUACAAGCUACCAUGUAGCUGGACAUGUCAAACUGGUACCAUCUGUUCUAUUCAGAUUUACUGUGUCCGUUUCCCAAUUUGUGGUCUAUGGCUGUGUACGUGGAUGACUGGAUAUUUGAAAUGUAAUUUCUUUUAAGUCUUGUUAAAUGAAGCUGGAUAUGCUGUUGUCCAGGGAGAAACAGAUUGUGUUUGUAAGAUGGCUGCUAAGGUGUUACCCUUGCCUUUAGCACUGACUUUAAUGCUACUAGGCAGGCCCGCCGACAGGGGGUUACAAAGGGGUCAGCUGUCCCGGGCCCAGAGGAUGAAGGGGCCCAGAAUUGGGACGCCAUUACAUUGUAGGUACUGAGGUGGGGGUCUUUUCAGAUGGUUUUGUCCUGGGCCCAGCAAAAGCUGUCACUGCUACUAGGUACUUGUGUCUACCAUCAAAUACCCCACUGGUGUAAAACACCAUAUCUUACCAAGCAAUCUUAAUCGUUACUAAUUAAAGAAGCCAAAAUGAUUGUUAAUAAGAGGAUGAGGGCUAAAUGGCUAAGUAACAUCUAAUGUCUAAUAAGGCUGUGACUAAACUGGAGACUAAGAUAGAAGUUCAUAUGAAGCUGCCACAUGCAGCGAUGCACCUGCCCGCCGCCCACAGCCCUCACUGCUCCCAUCACAUGUGCCUGCCAUACCACAUCACCUCAACCAGCCAUAUGUCUACACACACAAACACACACACAGACAGACAGACAGACUCUCUCUCUCUCUCUCUCUCUCUCUCUCUCUCUCUCUCUCUCACGCACGCACGCACACACGUGUACGUAUGCACUACUUGUAACAAGCCUUAGAUCUGCAUACACAAAGCAAUGCAAAGCGGACGUGUUCCAGGAAGUAGAAUAUGCUCCAGCCUGCGGACUGUAAUAGUUAUCAUACUACCCUCACAACACUGUGCCUUUUUAGUGGAAUCAGCUCUUUCCUUUAUAGCCUAGUCUCUCAGAUCGCACAAGGGUUGUUGGUGGGUAUGUUAACACAAUCAUUAUUAUACGUGAAUUUGUAAAGAAAUUAAUUGAAAUGAGAUUACUUGCUAGCGUGGUGUGUGUGUGUGUAUGUGUGUGUCUGUCCGGGACCUCUGGCUUAACUAGUUAGCGUGGUAUGUGUGUGUGUGUGUGUGUGUGUGUGUGUGUGUGUGUAUGUGUGUAUGUGUCUGUCUGUCUGUCCGGGACCUCUGGCUUAACUAGUUCCUGUUUACUGUGGUGUGGACUCUCAGGGCUCCGCCGUCAAUGAGAAAUGUCUUAGUGAGGCCCUGGAUGGUGUACACUUCAAUGUCUUAAACCACUUCUGUAUGUGAACAUGAUUUUUAAACUUAAAAUGAGAAAUAAAAAUAAAAUAAUAAAACAAAAAUAAAAUAAUAAAAACUAACUGUGAUUACACAUGGAGAGGAGCUACUUUUUCCUUACUGCUUUUUACUUCACAUUUGUUUUGUUUUUUCCCUUUCCACUGGUGAGCUUAUAUUUGCUAUACAUCUGAUGU